AUGUCCUCCAACACGAACACCCCCUCCAACAUAACCAAAAUCAACCAAGAAAUCCUCAUCACCAUCAGCGAAAAACACUCAAUCCGCAUCGUCGCCAUACUCCCAACCUCCCACCUAAGCCUACAAGACUACACAUUCUCAACCUCCACCCUCCUCCAUCCCUUCAUAUCAACCUGGCAACCCACACACCUAACCCACCUCCUCGCCGUCGAUGCAUACCCCUGCCAUACAUUCACCGUAAUCGACAUCAAAAACCACCGCUAUGACUACAGCACUGCGCAUAAAAGGAUUCGGGUGUUGCCGGUUUAUAUACUAAGGUUGUCGAGGAGGAGUGGGAAGUGGAGGGUUUUUAGGCGUGUGCCGGAGGAUAGGAGGGUUGCACUGGAUAUUGCGGAGUUGCAUUGGCAUUGGAGUAAUGGGCAGAGUCCGAUUCCAGACGAGGCGCCCGUUUAUAUGGAUCCGAGGAAGGAUUGA